CUCAAAAUAUUAGUAGAAGUUUGUAGGCACCUACCUAGGUAUUAAUCGGGUCAAAAAAACACGUCAAAUAAUUACAAGAAAAAACCUAAUUCACUAACUAGUUAUAAGUUGUGUUGUAAAAAUUUGAGAAAAUAACAUUUAUUUAAAAGAAAAACAAUUAGAAAUGUAAAAACAUUCAACACCAAUUUGGGAAGGUUUUAAUAAGAAUUAUCAUCAUGUGGGUGAAACCUCAAGAAAUAUAUUUGAAAACCGCACUAUGGGAUACGGAAGAAACAUCUUUGUAUUUUGUUUUACAAUGUAGAAAAGGACAUGGUAAAUCAAAAGGGCUCUCCUCGCUUCUUGUUGGUACUUUAGACAGCGUCCGAGACACCAAACCUGCGCCCUACAGGAUAUUACAUCAAACUCCAAACUCCGAAAUCUAUUAUGUAAUAGCAACUGCAUUGACGGAACAACAGAUCCGUCAAGAUUGGCAGUGGCUUAUUGACAAUGUUUGUUCAACACUCCAUUCCUUUGACACCGAGGAAGAAGUCACAGAAUUUGUAUGCUGCAAAAUUAACUCUGUUAUGGCAACUGAACAAGAAAAUAUAACUGAAGAUGAAGACACAAUAACUUACAAAAAUGUUGAUUAUGAAUUUCACCAAAGAUUUAAUAUGCCCAAAGAUGAAAAACUUGUGUGCUAUUAUUCAUGCAGUUAUUGGAAGGGAAAAAUGCCACGUCAGGGAUGGAUGUAUCUGUCUGUCCAUUACAUGUGUUUCUAUUCAUACAUUAUCGGUCGGAAAACAGCUGUUAAGAUACGUUGGGCUGAUGUGACAGAGCUCGCAAAAACACACAGCCUAAUAUUUCCAGACUCCAUUAAAGUGGUGACCAGGGAUGCUGAGCAUUAUUUCACUAUGUUUUUGAAGAAGAAUGAGACUUUUGCAUUAAUGCAGCAGCUCGCCAAUAUUGCUAUGAAACAGCUUAUAGAUGAUAAAUCUGGAACCUUCAACAUUGACAAAGAUUUAUUAACAAAACUGAGCAAAAAUGUGCCAAAGAAAGCAUCUUUUUUGAAACGUGACCUAGAUGCUAGAAAGCAAUCAAAUCUGUACACACUAAGGUUCCGAUUGCCUCAAACAGAAAAGCUUGAUGGAACUGAAGCAUGUACUCUCUGGACACCAUACAAUAAAAAACACAAUUGGGGAAGACUAUAUUUGUCUCAGAAUUUUAUAUGUUUUGACAGCAGGGUGCUAAAUUUGGUACGACUGACUAUCCCACUGCGCAACGUACAUCAAGUGGAACGCGCUGACUCCGGCGGCACCGGAAGCUCAGGAGAUUCUGGUAGCAUCCUCAUCACGACCGCCCACCACACCAGUUUCCUCUUCGGAAACAUAUCCGACAGGGAUUUUCUUGUGCACAAAAUCUCUGAGCUACUGGCCAAAUUACCAAAUGAUGUGUAUAGGGAGAAGGCGAUACGGGCAAUGGCGAAACUCGAAAAUGACAGUCACUGGACUCCGCAGCCCCCUUUGAUGACGCUAUUCAAGACUCAUCAAACUUCACCGAUUAAACAAAUGCAACAGAAAAAGGAGAAAAGAUGGGAAGACCACAUGGCUGAAGUCGGUCGAGGGGUGAGCAUGUACCAAACGACAGACGGUAGCGAAUUAGUCGUCAGCGGCCUGCCUGAGUCUCUUCGUGGAGAACUAUGGAGCGUGUUCUCGGGUUCUAUACUGCAGAAGGCACAGAACAAAGGACUGUACGAAAGACUGGUUAAUGAGGCUCUUUCAUCGAAGAACCAGGCGAAUGAUGAAAUAGAACGAGAUUUGCACAGAUCAUUGCCGGAACAUAGAGCAUUUCAAAACGAUAUCGGAAUAUCGGCAUUACGUCGGGUUUUAUGUGCGUACGCUCGCAAGAAUCCCACAAUAGGAUAUUGUCAGGCAAUGAACAUCGUGGCAUCUGUUCUACUCAUAUAUUGUCCGGAAGAGCAGGCGUUCUGGUUGUUAGCAACAAUAUGCGAGACUUUGUUGCCAGAUUACUACAAUACCAGGGUAGUCGGAGCUCUGGUUGAUCAAGGAGUCCUUGAAGAACUAACAGAGGCUCAUCUGCCGGAAUUACACGCGAAGCUAGACGAACUGGGAAUGAUGAAAAUGAUCAGUCUGUCUUGGUUCCUGACUCUGUUCAUCAGCGUGAUGCCGUACGAAUGCGCGGUCAACGUUAUGGACUGUUUCUUUUAUGAUGGCGCUAAAGUCAUAUUCCAGGUAACGCUCACGAUUCUCGACAUCAAUCACGAGAAGCUACUCAAAUGUACCGAAGAUGGGCAGGCUAUGCAGGUUUUAAACGAGUAUCUAGAAGGCAUUUACAACGAGGAAGCAAUGGCGCUGUCUACAGAACCACGAACUGAGGCAAAAACCAUAAAGAUUCAAGAUCUCAUUUACCGCACUUACCGUUCGUACGGCAGCACCGUUACCAGCGAACAUAUAGAGCACUUGCGACUGAAACACCGGCUGCGGGUAGUCAAACAACUAGAGGACAGCUUGGAGAGGAAUACAUUGAGGGCUUUACAACAAGACAAGCUGCUGGAGCCUAAUGAAUUGCAUGAUCUGUUAAGCAUAAUACGCGAAGAGUUAUUCUGGGCGAAGCGUGUACCUUGCGAAAGAUUGGAAGCUCCCUACGAAGCUUACCGACUCGAUUACACACAGUUCAAAAGUUUGUUCACUGCUCUAUCGCCUUGGGCUAAAGGGGAUUACGCCGAAGCUAUUACUGCUAGAAUGUUUAAGUUAAUGGACCACGACGACGAUGGGUUCGUGAGCGCGCGCGGCCUGAGCGUGGCCAUAGGGCUGAGCACCCGUGGCGACGCCCAGCGCCGGCUGCGCGCCCUAUACUGCGCGCACGCGCCGCCGCUGCUCACCCACCAGGACCUCAGGCCCACGCACUUCACGGAAACCGGAGAAGAGGUCGCCGACGACGCCAUCUCCUUCUUCGACGACAUAGAAAAUCCACCAACGCCAGAACCAUUAGCGCUGUCAGGUCUGCAGCGAUCGAUAAGUGAAGUGUGCGGUGAAGGUAGCAACAUGGAUAAGUCCACUGACAGCACCACAAGUCAAACUGGCUCGCCAUGGGAGGGCUACACGUCGGAGUCGGUCCGUGCGUGCGGACUAGCCGGACUGGCGGGGUCGUCGCCCCCGAGCCCGGGCCCCGCCCCGCCCCCUCCCGCGCCGCCGCUCCCCCGCGCGCACUUCCUGCAGCUCCUCGCCGCGCUGCACGACCUCACGAAGCACAGCGCGCCGCACUACGAAGCCGUCGUCUUGGCAGGCACCUUGCUGUUACAACUCGGCGAGCUAAACCACCGCAGGCCGGAUCUGGAGCGAGAAAUGUCCCAGGACAGUCUGUACCUGGCGGCCGCGGCGAAGCAGUCGUCCACUUCCACGAUGGAUCCAAACGGCAACACCCCAGACGAACAAGAAAUUCGAAGGACACAGUCUCAAGAGUCUGAAAGCGUUUGGUCGAUAACGUUAGAACAAUUCCUGGCCACAAUGCUUCUGCAGCCACCCCUAGAAGAAUACUUCAACGAGAAGAUAUCUCUGGUACCGCAACUGGAAGCGCUGAAGCAAAGAGAUCGGCUCCACUCCGUCUCGUAGCUAAACUGUCGCGGCUGAACGUUUAAGGUGAGUUCAUUAUACUGUGUCCUCUGUAGCAUGAUGCGGGUGACAGUUGCCUGUAUGAUUUUGACAUCUGUCAGUACUACAUGACUAGGGAUGUGAAAAAAUAUUUAUAUAU